UGUUUGCAGGAUCGAAAUGCACUGAAUUUGAUCGACAGUCUGCUCACACUUGAUCCAUCGUCGAGACUGAGUGCUGAACAAGCGUUGGAUCACAUGUUCUUCUUCUCACAGCCUGCACCAGCUGCGGAUGUUCGUGACCUCAUGAAUACAAUACCGACGAGUCUUUUCGAGUAUACGGCUGGUCGUGGAGCGCAUAGUGGUCGAGGUCGAGGUGGUGCAGGUCAUCAUCAAGGACGUCAGAAUGCACGCUCAUCGAUUGCAUCGCAAGGACAAUACGUCGACAUGGUGUUUUGA